AUGAGAGCUUCCGCCGUUCACAGUUUCCAGCAGACUGCCGCUGCAAGCUUAAGAAGACCUUGGCAGACAUUCAGAGAUGGCCAAAUUUGGUACGGGUUGACCAAAAGAGGUAACAAGAGACUUCCCUUGACCACCAAACAAGGUAACAAGCACUACUACAAGGGUACUCGUUCCACCGGUAUUGGUAGUUUGAACUCCAACGGUACCUAUAUCAUAAACUGGGAGAAGGUCAGAACCUACGUGGUGCCUGCUGAUUUACACAACACCGAAUUGAAAGCAUUGGUAUCUCCAAAAGUGCCUCAAAUCUACCAAAAGUACGUUGGUUUCCAAGAUGGCGCCAAGAGUCCUGAACUUGCAUUUGAUAACGUGGUCAACUUCAUCGAACAUGGUGAAAACUACAACGACGUCGACUUGGAGCAAAGCAACUACCUCGAAGAAUUUGUCAGUUCCAAAGUUAAAGAACAAGAGAUGGAAUUAGAUACCAAGCAAUAG